AUGUCUUUCGCCCUGGGUGCUCGUCACAUCCAGAACAUGAGCGCGGCCACCGCCAUCGAGCCUCACUGGGGAUAUGCCGACCGCGCCGUGCCGUGUACCAACGAUGCAGGUUCAUGUGCCUACCUGGAUGAUGUAUAUGCCUCGCACGACCGAGGCAUGCUAUACUCUGGCAUCCUAUGGUGUGUCAUUGGCGCCAUUCUGCUACUCUGGGUGGUGCUCAACCAGUCAGAUGCCCCCAUGAUAUCGCCCAUGCCCGUGAAGCCAGCGGGACUGGCGCGAGCGCGCCGGGCCGUGAUAGCGCUCACCCGGAAGCACCUCCUCCCCGAUGCGGCGCGGCUGAUAUUCGGUCGCACCACCCGCCUUCAGGUCCUCACGCUCGCCCUGCUGGUGGGAUACCUCCUCAUCUUCAGCUUUGUCGGGAUCGUCUAUCACACCUGGGUAACGCCGGUCUCAGACAUGCCGGGGGUGUAUAAUACGCGCGACAGCAUUGGGCCCUGGUCGGAUCGGGUGGGAACUCUCGCCUACGCGCUGACGCCGCUUUCGGUCCUGCUGAGCAGUCGGGAGUCCUUCCUUUCCGUCAUCACAGGUCUUCCAUAUCAGAGCUUCAACUUCCUCCACCGUUGGCUGGGUUAUAUCAUCUUUGUCCAGAGUUCUUUGCACACCAUUGGCUGGUGUGUAGUGGAGCUUCGUCUAUAUCAACCCCAGCCCACGGUAGGUUUGGAGUGGGUCACGCAGACCUACAUUGUCUGGGGCAUCGUGGCCAUGAUCCUCCUGCUGCUGCUCUUUGCGCUGAGCACUCCGUGGGGGAUCCGGCUGACAGGCUACGAGACCUUCCGCAAACUGCACUACGUGCUGGCCAUGGUCUACAUUGGCGCGUGUUGGGCGCACUGGAAAGCACUCAAGUGCUUUAUGUGGCCGUCUUUGAUCUUUUGGUUCCUGGACCGCGGCGCACGGCUGAUUCGCACCGCGUUCCUGCAUUAUCAUCCCGACCCAACAGAGGCUGGCCUCGGGUUCAAACCGGCCGCGGCGAAUAUUAACCGCUUCCCAGACCCUGAGCAUGGCGACGUUUUGCGCCUGGAUCUGGAAAAUAAUCAAGAUCCAUGGGCUGUCGGCCAGCACUACUACCUCUGCUUCCCCAAAUCCAGCGUCUGGCAGUCCCACCCCUUCACGCCGCUCAAUCUCCCGGUCGUGAAGAACGGCACUGUGCAACACUCCUAUCUUCUGCGAGCCAAGGGGGGCGAGACCAAGAAGAUUGCCGCCCUGGCGGCCGAAUCCUUAUCGAUGCCGGUGAUCAUGACUGGCGCGUAUGGCGAAUCGAUCGCGACGCACCUCACACCCUCCACCAACAUUCUUUGCAUUGCCGGUGGAACCGGCAUCACCUACGUUCUCCCGGUUCUCCUUGAUCUAGCCCGCCAGGCUCCCUCUCCAGACCGCAAGGUGGAGCUGAUCUGGGCCAUCCGUCAUACCGCCAAUACGGAGUGGAUUGAGGCCGAACUGGAUCUUUUGCAGAAGGCCCGCAAUGCUCUCAAUCUGGAAAUUCGCAUUUUCGCCACCCGCGACGCGACUAGCAAAACGCCAUCCGAAACUUCGACUGAAAAUUGCAACUUGACGGUCCCCAAGAUGGAAGAGAAAGUGAAAGUCGAGUCGGAUGCCUCAUGCUGUGGCUGUGACAAGCCCGCUUCUGUGGAGCGUCUCGGUGGAUCGGAAGACUGUUCUCGACAUCCUGAUCUGCCUCAGUUGGUCCGUUCAUUUGUCGCAGACACCGUUCGCGGGCCGACCAGUGUUUUUGCCAGUGGACCUGGGGGUAUGAUCAGUGAUCUCAGGGACAUUGUCGCGUCGUGCAACGAUGCCCCGAGAGUUUGGAAGGGACAGGACAGGUUCGAUGUGAGACUGGUCUGUGAUGAUCGACUGGAGUGGUGA